CCUCAUUGAAUAGUAUUUUCCUCUUAUAGAGCUGAUUUUCCAUUUCUAACCAGAAGGAAAUAUCAAAGUCCAACAAUGACGAUGAGUGAGAGUACAGGCACAAAGCAGCACCAAGUUUUUGAUGUGGCCCUUAAUGUCCCUCAUCAGCCUGGCUCCAAGCUUUAUGAUGAUGAUGGCAAGCUUAAAAGAACUGGGACUGUUUGGACGGCGAGUGCUCAUAUCAUAACAGCUGUGAUUGGAUCCGGCGUUCUUUCGCUGGCAUGGGCCACGGCCCAGUUGGGUUGGGUCGCAGGCCCAACUAUGCUGUUCCUUUUCUCGUUCGUGACGUAUUACACUUCUGCCCUUCUGGCGGCCUGUUACCGGGCCGGCGACCCAGACAACGGCAAGAGAAACUACACUUACAUGGAUGCUGUUAGGGCCAACUUAGGUGGUUUCCAGGUGAAGGUUUGUGGGGCAAUUCAGUACGUGAAUCUUUUUGGUGUUGCUAUUGGAUACACAAUUGCUUCAUCUAUAAGCAUGAUGGCAAUUGAGAGGUCUAAUUGUUUCCACUCAAGAGGAGACAAUAGUCCCUGCAGAGUUUCAAGCAAUCCUUACAUGAUUGCAUUUGGUGUGAUUGAAAUAAUUUUCUCACAAAUCCCAGAUUUCGAUCAGAUUUGGUGGCUUUCGAUUGUUGCUGCCAUUAUGUCGUUUACUUAUUCCACAAUCGGCUUAGGCCUUGGCAUCGCAAAAGUCGCUGAAACCGGUGAAUUCAGGGGGAGCCUCACCGGAAUUAGCAUCGGCACGGCCACCGCCUCCGGCUCAGUCACCGAAAUGCAAAAGAUUUGGAGAAGCUUUCAAGCUCUUGGUGCCAUAGCUUUUGCGUAUUCUUACUCUCUUAUCCUUAUUGAAAUUCAGGACACAAUCAAAUCUCCACCGGCUGAGCACAAGACGAUGAAAAAGGCAACCUUCAUAAGCGUGGCGGUCACCACAAUUUUUUACAUGCUUUGCGGUUGCUUCGGUUAUGCGGCGUUCGGGGACCUUUCUCCGGGGAACCUUCUCACGGGCUUCGGUUUUUAUAACCCUUAUUGGCUUCUCGACAUUGCCAAUGCCGCAAUUGUAAUCCACCUCAUCGGAGCUUACCAAGUCUAUUGCCAACCCCUCUUUGCCUUCGUCGAGAAAGCGGCAUCCAACUAUUUUCCCGACAACAAAUUCAUCACGAAAGAAGUCUCGAUCCCGAUUCCAGGGUACAAGCCCUUGAAGCUUAGCUUGUUUAGGCUCGUUUGGAGGACGAUUUUCGUGGUGAUCACGACCGUGAUCUCGAUGCUUAUGCCGUUUUUCAACGAUGUCGUGGGGAUAUUGGGGGCUUUAGGGUUUUGGCCGUUGACGGUUUAUUUCCCGGUCGAGAUGUACAUCGUGCAAAAGAAGAUACCUAAGUGGAGUUCGAGGUGGUUGUGUUUGCAAAUUCUUAGUAUGGCGUGUUUGGUUAUAUCGAUUGCGGCUGGCGUGGGGUCGGUAGCCGGUGUUGUUGGUGAUCUUAAGACUUACAAGCCUUUCAAGACUAGUUAUUGAUGAUGAUCAUUUUGGUGAAAUGUGUGUUUUUUUGUCAAGAAUUAGUGAAUCUUUUUCAAGAAUUGGAAAGAAAAUGGGUGGGGAGAGUUUGAUUUAGAUGUUGGUGACAAAACCUAAAAAAGGGUAGGUUGUGGCAAGAAGGUAUAAAAGGGGGUGUUAUGUAUUUGUUGUUAUGUGAAAUUCAAGAAUGUACCAAUAUUUGUCAAUGUAAUGUUUUUAAGUCUAUUUCUAAGUUGAAAUAGUAGAAACCCAAUUAAAGCAAUUAGAGCCCUCAAGGAUUGGCUCAUGUGUUUCAUUCUUGUGGUAUAUUUGGGUGACAAGAAUAUAGAUCUUUG